GCCGUGGUCGCUAAAUUCACCCCGUGGGAAUGUGGACCAAGCAGGUUUUUUUGUCCACAUUUUAUGUGCCCACUAGCUAGCUAAACAUCAGGAUUUCGAGUGCCGACCUCUAUCGAUAUCAUCAUCACUACAUCAUGCCCUAUCAAGACCACAGCAUCAGCUCGUUGUGGAAAAGAGAGUUCAAUGAAACGAUAGCUGAUCUCGACGAUAACUUGAGCCCGCGACGAGCCGCGGAGAGUCUUCGAUUUGUCAUUGGGACGGGGCUCCUGGCCUUGGAUGACAUCCAGAAUGAACCAGAGAAGUUCUUCUUGGCGCAUCGAAUGCUGGCCAAGCACGCUCAUCGAAUUGGUUCCGGCUUUUGUGCUCGAUUUGCGCUUCACUACAACCUGUUUGCGGGAUCUGUCAUGGCAUUGGGCUCUCCACAACAAGCAAAGCAGUUUGUUCUACGAAACGAGAUCCGCCCCUCACUAGGAUGCUUUGCGCUUACAGAACAACGGGCAGGCGACCAAAGUAGUUUCAUGGUUGACACUGUUGCCGAACUAUCGCAAGACGAGAAAUCGUUCGUACUCCACACGCCGUACGACACUGCCGCCAAGACUUGGAUAGCUCAAGGCCUGGUUGCAGACGAAGCUAUUGUCAUUGCCAACAUGAUCGUACACAACCAUUCGUACGGCCCUCAGGCGUUCCUUGUGAGGUUGAGGGAUGAAAAAACUGGUGAGCUCCUUGACCGAAUAACCAUGCUUGACAUGGGCCCCAGGCCUGAAGAUGGUGGACUGGACUUGAACAAUGCGAGGAUCACAUUUGAUCACUUGCGAAUUCCACUGUCAUGCCAUCUGUGCCGCUAUCUAAAAAUCCAAAACGGCACAGUACGCCACCCUCUUGCCAAGAAGAUUCGAAUCAUGGAUAUCAUCGGGCAGCGCACGUAUACUGGCCGACUCACUGCGGCACAGUCCGCCCUGACCUACACUAGAAGGAAGCUGGAACGAACCUCCAACAGGAUGGAGGGCAGAAUGUGUUGGACUCCACUGGUGACGAGCAACCGGCAACAAUCUAGAACCCGUAAGAUCAGUCCAAGUGGCGGCGGCGCCAACCUUCAAGUGAGCAAGGCUUUUCUAUCACAUGCCUUUGUGACGCUGGACAACUUGGAUUCGUUGGCUGCUAAGAUUGAAGCUGAGCUCUGCCAGUGCCAACUUAGAGCCAUCACACCUAAGGAUCGGCUCCAACAGGCAAUUGCGGUAGCCAAAGUUGAAGCGGUGGAGACCUGCAUCGAAAUUUGCGCUUCGUUGCACGAUCAGCAAAACGACCCGCACAAGGGAGAAGAUUUCCUACUGUGUUGCAAGUAUGCAGAGGGUGACAGUCACACGCUGAUGCAGAAAAUGGCCCGUGAUCUCGCUCGGACCGGUGGUGAGGGUUCCAACUGGCAGGUCAAGGCAGCUUUGGAUGACCUCAAGCAAGAAAUGAUCUAUGUUCAAAUGGGAUCUGGAUGCAAGACGAUGCAAGCAUGGGAGAGGUGCGGCGAGCAAGUGUACACGGUUGCAGAGGCUCACAUUGAAAGCGUCCUGCUGAGUUACGGGUGCCUGGUAAAUGGCCAGAACAAGCCUUGAGGUCUCCAAAGCACUAACGUCCCAUAUUGCACCUGCAGACUGAGUGCCAACCGAGCCCAUGAAACACUCCUGCUGGUGUCAAUCCAUGUAUCAUUUAGUUCUCAAUAAGGAUAGCUACCAGUAUAUUAC